AUGUCCACCCUCUCACUCAAAGACCCUUCCCUCUUCAUCGAAGCCGCCUACAUCAACGGCACCUGGACGCCCUCGAAAUCCACCAAGACAUUCACCAUCACAAACCCCGCAACCGACGAGCCCCUGGGAACAUGCCCAGAAUGUACAGUCGCAGACCUGAAUACCACCAUAACCUCUGCCGCAGCCGCAUUCCCCUCCUGGCGCUCCCUCCCAGGCCGAACCCGCGCUCAGUAUCUCCGCAGGAUCUCGGACCUCCUCCUCGAGAAUAAAGAGGACCUCGCCCGCAUCAUCACUGCAGAAAACGGCAAGGCAAAAGCAGACGCUGAAGGCGAGGUUGUGUUCUCAGCAAGCUUCUUCGAGUGGUUCGCGGAGGAGGCCCCGCGGAUAUAUGGGGAUGUGAUUCCGCAUAGCAACGGCUUGAGUCGGACGCAUGUUAUCAGAGAGCCAGUCGGCGUUUGCGGUUUGAUUCUGCCCUGGAACUUUCCUAUGGCGAUGGGUGCGAGGAAGCUUGCUGCGGCGUUGGCGGCGGGUUGUACAGUGAUCAUCAAAUCAGAUGGGUUAACGCCGUUUUCGAUGAAUGCGUUGGUCCUCCUAGCUGAGCGCGCGGGGAUUCCAUCUGGGGUCAUCAAUGUGGUAACUGCGCUGGAGAAUACACCGCAGCUGGGGCUUGCACUCUGCGAGUCUGAGAUAGUCAAGAAGAUAUCAUUCACGGGCUCGACGAGGGUAGGGAAGCUCUUGAUGAAGCAGUCGAGCGAUACACUCAAGAAGUUGAGCUUGGAACUCGGUGGGAACGCGCCAUUCAUCGUCUUCGACGAUGCGGACAUCGAAGUUGCGGUUUCCAGUGCGCUGGUGAGCAAGUUCAAAGUCACCGGCCAAACCUGCGUCUGCGCAAACAGGAUCUAUGUCCAGUCUAAAAUCUACGACCGCUUCGCCGCUCGACUCGUUGAAGAAGUCGCCAAGCUCCGCGUUGGGAAUACCCACGCAGACCCUUCCGUCACUCACGGACCGCUAACAACCGGUGUAGCCAAGAUCGAAGAGCACGUCCAAGACGCAAUCGAUAAGAAUGCCAAAGUUUUACUCGGAGGAAACCGCAUCCCUGCACUAGGCAACAACUUUUACGAACUCACCAUCCUCUCCGAGGUCAACGAUAGCAUGAAGGUGAUGAGCGAAGAGACCUUUGGCCCGCUAGCUGCGUUGGCUAAAUUCGACACUGAAGAGGAAGUCAUUCGGCGGGCGAACAAGUGCGAUGUUGGACUGGCUUCUUAUAUCAUGACAACGGAUCUUGCCAGGGCUCACCGUGUCUCGGAGACCUUGCAGUUUGGGAUGGUUGCGAUCAAUACGGGGGUUAUUUCGGAUGCUGCUGCGCCCUUUGGAGGAGUCAAACAUUCAGGUUUUGGUCGCGAGGGAAGUAAAUACGGAGUGGAGGACUAUAUGGCUCUCAAGACGAUCAUCACGGGUGGUAUCAACACAAUCCACGCGAAUUUGUAG